AUGACGUGGGAUCAAAGAAAGCUUUUUAUUUCUGGACAUGUCAGCCUCCAGCCUCCAUCUAGGAAAACAACUGAAAAUGGAAGCAGUAGACGAGAAAAUACCAUGACAUACAAACUACAUAAUGGUACAGAAUUGGUUCAAGUCUGUCGCAAAAGAUUUCUCUAUACUCCAGGGCUAGGACGAUUCACAGUGGAAAGUUGGAAAAAAGAGAGUGUAUACGAUAUGAACGAGUCUAAGAGAGAAUUUAAUAAACAGCGAAAGAAUAGGAAUAAUAGGGUACGCGCUUUCGAGGACAGUAAAGCUUUCCUGAAUGUAUUUUUCGAUGACCUUCCGAAACAGCCAUCUCACUAUGUGAGAAAGGAUACCAGUAAAUUUUAUUUAGAGCAACAUUUCGUUACUCUGAAGCAAUUGCAUAAUUUUUAUAGAGAGGUUUGUGAUGAGAAAAACAAGCAUUGCCUGGGUAUAAAGGUGUUUAAGCAGAUAUUUAAAGAGAAAAAUCUUAGUUUGUUUUCACCAAAGAAAGAUAGAUGUGACAUUUUCAAAGAGCAGGAAAACGGUAACAUCGAUAGUAGUAUUUGGAGUAAACAUAUUGAAGACAAAGAAAAAGCUAGAGAAGAAAUAACCGAGAUAAGGAGAAAGCUGUGA